UAUCAGAGGAGUAGAAACAACAAGCCGCCAUUUUGUUUGGCGGACAGACCGUCAGAAACGGGAGAUCACCGAUAGAAAAAGGAGCGACCCGGGCCGCCGACGGCAGCCGCUCCGAGAGCCGCAAAAAAGAAAAAAGAAAAAGAGAGACCCAGUGAGCAAACCGUGUCAGAGCUUUCCACUGGAAGGAAGGAAGGAGGCUAGACGUCAGUGGAGGGAAAGCCGCCUAGGUGUCCUUUAAAUAUAUGUAUUUAUAUAUAUAUUGAUGCAUGCAUGAGAAGGAAAUCCUCCGAAAAAUCCAAGGAAGGGGGAGUUUUACGGAGCGGCGACGGGGAGGAGAGGAGAGGCGGAGGAGGGCUGCCCGUUACGAGGGAAAAAAACCUGCGAUAAGAGGAAAAUACCACCAUGAAAAAUCAGUAUGUGUCCGCGGCGGAGGAAGGACCGAGUCCGCAUAGACAAUUAUAGAAAUAAACUGCUGCCGGGCAGAAGAGAGAGGUGGAAAAAAAAGAGACUGGUGUAAAGAGAAGAGAAGGGGGUGAAAUAACCAGGACCAACGCGGAGGGGGGGCUUUCAACAUCACAAAGAGUCAAUCACAGGAUUUCUUUUUCUGUUAAAAAAUAUAGUGCCGAUUUGAAGCAUCCAGCUUCCGAAAUAGCCAUAUUUUCUCUAAAUAACGUUUCGCCUCAGCGCUGCUAUUUUUAUUUUAUUUUUUUUUGCAGUUUCUCUCCGUGCAUCUAACAUCUUUUUAUGAAGCACUGAAAGAAAAGUGUCAAUAUCGAUAACAGUUUCCAUCAUCUGAGAUCCCAGUUGUUUGAAACAAGCAGGAACUAGAGGAGGAACCUCUGCAGGGAGCAUUGAGAUAAGUAACCCGUUUGAUCGUCGUCUGCAAAAAAAAAAAAACUUAAUGAGAUAAAUCCAACUGCCCGGCUGAUUGGCAAUUAGAGCCUCGAUUGCAUUCGCCAAGAUCUAAAAUACUAAAAAAAAAUUGCAUUUUAAAGGGUCUGUUUUGCAUCAAUUGGGUUGCAUCAACCAAAUUUGCAAUCUCAGUCUGUUCAGUGCCUUUUUGCGUGCACGUUUAAUGCACAUGCAAGAAAAAAUAAAUAAAAAAGGUUUUAUUCAGACCAGUUGAACUACUUAUUAAAUCACUGUUAAGCCAGUUGAGUUGCGUUUGCAGCGUUGCCAACACUUGUAUUCAAACUACUGCUUGUUGCCUUUUUUUAAUAUUUAAAGGACUGAUACACACAGUAACAAGAGGGAGAAAAAGUAAAUCAGUGACGGGAUAUUUCGGCUGUUGCACGAAACAGCCGCAAACCGACGUUUUUUCUCUCUCUCUCUUUGGAAACUUGUGAUUUUUUUUUUUUUUUUUUGUGCCAUCACGAAUCAUUUCCUCUUGCAGUUUUUUUUUUACGAUCAGGCGAUUUUUUUUUUCUCUUUUUUGGAUCUUUACACUAUGGAAGACCGAGUCGACUGGAGAUCGGAGGACGGAUCUUGGGACGUUUUUUAUGUCAUGAGGUUGUCAGUCGCCCGUCGACUCCACCUUCCCACCGCCUCUUGUUGAAAAUCUCCCGAAGAAACAAAAUCCCCGUCAGGGGAGGGGGACUGCUAUCUAUCUACCAGAGAGGUACUACAAACUCAGGAGGAGGAUUGAGAAAGAGUCGAACAUCGCCGUCCUCUUCCCCUCCCGUCCCCCCCGAGCGGUGGGGGAACGAUCAGAAACCUUUAUUAACGGGAGAAGGAAGGCGGAAAUAAAGGGAAAACAUCAGCCCUGAGUGGAUACUUCUAUAUAUAUUUUAAAAUUCGUCAAAAAUAUGGCCGAUAAUGUCCUGGAGUCUGGCCCGCCUUCAGCCAAGAGGCCCAAGCUGGCUUCCCCGGCUCUGUCUGUGUCCACCAGCGAUGGAAACGAUUUUGGUUCAUUUUUUGACCUGGAGCAUGACCUCCCGGAUGAGCUCAUCAGUUCCUCAGACCCGGGUCUGACCAACGGAGAUCCCAGCCAGUUCCAUUCUAGUUUCGGCGGCGGCGUUCAGGAUGCGGCUGCAAAACACAAACAGCUGUCUGAUCUCUUGCGUGCAGGAGCAUCCACGCAACCGGGUGGCCCCACUCCUAACAGUGCACCCUCUGGGGCCUCCAUGUCAAUGAUGGGAGGGGUCGGUGGACCUCAAGGCAUGCACCAUCAGGGGCAGCAGCAACCUGGACUAAUGCAGCAGGUUGGAAUGGUGCCGAAUAGAGCGGCGGCAAUGAUGGGUGGCCAGAAGGGCACCACUGGACAGCAGGGGCAUCAGCACCAAAGUCUUAUAGGGGGGCAGGUAGUGAAUGGGUCGCCCAGAAUGGGUUACCCUGGUAACACAGGAAUGGGUAGCAAUAGUAAUAUUUUGGCAGAGGCCUUGCAGCAGCAGCAGGGUGGUCCGACGCUGGGAGCUGGGGGUCAAGCAGGAAUGAGACCACAUCAGCCUGGUGCGAUGAAGCAGAUGAAUUUGAUGGCUAACGCGGGGUCCUACGGUGGUACAUACAGCCAUUCUGCUGGCCAAGGGCUGCCUGGAGAGGGGCUGGCCCCACAGCUCCAGAAUAAAACAGGCCUACCUAACAGCAUGGCUGCCCAGUUCAACAUGGACAAGAAGACGCCUCCUGUUCAAGGCAUUCCAGGGAUGACCACUCAGCAGCAGCAGUCUGGCGGUGUGUCUGCAUCAGUCGGCGGGCCCCAGGUUGGGCUGAACGCAGUGGGAGUAGGACCAGGGGCCACGCCUCCCACAGCCGACCCCGAGAAGCGGAAGCUCAUCCAGCAGCAGCUCGUCCUCUUGCUCCACGCGCACAAGUGUCAGAGGAGGGAGCAGGCCAAUGGGGAGGUGCGGCCGUGCAACCUGCCCCACUGUCGCACCAUGAAGAACGUGCUGAACCACAUGACUCAUUGCCAGGCUGGCAAGUCCUGCCAGGUUGCACACUGUGCCUCAUCUAGACAGAUCAUCUCGCAUUGGAAGAAUUGCACGAGGCACGACUGUCCCGUAUGCCUACCGCUGAAAAACGCUGGAGACAAGAGGAACCAGCAGUCUCUGGUCAACAGUGCAGCUGUGAGUUUAGUGAACUCUUUAGGAGGAGCGGGACCAGGCAGCCAGUCGAGCACUCCAAGUCUCAACCCUCCCAACCAGAUCGAUCCGAGCUCCAUAGAGAGGGCCUACGCCGCGUUGGGUCUGACAUACCAGGGCAACCAGAUGUCUCAGCAGCAGCAGCCGGCUCAGGCCGCCAUGCCAAACCAAGGCCUUCAGGGACAGCCGGGGAUGAGGACUUUAAAUCCAAUGAGUGGUAACUCUAUAGGAGUGAAUGGUGCUGUUGGGGUGCAGCCUCCAAACCAGCAGUCACCGCUGCUGCCGGAUUCCAUGUUGCACAGCAUGAAUGCACAAAGUUUGAUGAACGAUAGUGUGGGGAACCUGGGCUCCUUGCCUACGGCCACACCCCCUUCAGCUGCAGGGAUGAGGAAGUCCUGGCAUGAAGACAUCACGCAGGACCUUCGCAACCACCUUGUCCACAAGCUAGUCCAAGCCAUCUUCCCAACUCCUGACCCCGCGGCGCUAAAGGACAGGCGGAUGGAGAAUUUGGUGGCCUACGCUCGGAAAGUAGAGGGAGACAUGUACGAGUCGGCAAACAGCAGGGCGGAGUACUACCACCUUCUGGCAGAGAAGAUCUACAAAAUCCAGAAGGAGCUGGAAGAAAAGAGGAGGACACGGCUCCAAAAGCAGGGCAUGAUGCCAGGCCAGCCCUGCAUUCCUCCCUCUGGCCUCCCUCAGGGUCCUCCUGGCAUGGGCCAGCCCCCAGUGCCCCCUGUGCAACCCACCAAUGGUCCCCAUGCCGAUCCGUCCAUGAUUAGACCUGCUGGUCCAAAUCAGAUGAUCAAUAGGAUGCAGAACCCAGCAGGAAUGACCCAGUUUCCUCAGAUGGGGAUGCAGAGUAUGAGUCAGAGGUCAACGCCUCCUCUUCCUCUCAAUCCUCAAAUGAACCAGAUGGGUAUGGGGGCAACACGGAUGGGUCAGCCCAGUGCUGCUCAGCUACAAAACCAGUACCUUCCUCCAGGCCAGUUUCCUGUCUCCAGUCCUGGUCUGGGUUCCGGUCCUGUUGGCAUGAACCAACCAGGAGCCCAGUCUUCUGUGCCUUCACAGAACCAGAUGUCUACACCUCCAUCCAUUCCCGCCAGCAGCCCUGCAGCACCGUCCGCCUCCUCUGUCCCAUGCUCUGGAGGAACUUUUGGUCCUUCUAACGGCAACGGUCCUGGACCCAUGUCCAACCUUCAUCCGACCUCCACCCAAUCCCCCUCCUUUCCUCACUGUCCACCGGUCCGCACAAACUCCCCUUCGCCGGCUCGCAGCUUAACGCCUCAGCCUCAUCAGACGCCGCCGGCACAACCCCGCUCUCAGACCCCUCAGCCACAGACCCCAUGCACACCACAAGCUGCCACCCCACAACAACAGCAGCAGCAGCAGCAAACUCCCCAAAUGCACCAGCCUGUCCAAUCAGGCCCGACAGGGAACUCAGAAAAAUCCAAUCAGUUUUCAGAGCAGACACUUGGGGGCGUUGCCUCUCCAGAGCCUUCAGGAGCUCCGACUCCUUCCGUCCCAUCACAGAACGAUCAUGCACCACAGCUGCCACACACUCCGUCCUCUCCUAAGCCUUCCCUGACAGCUGAAGGACAGGUUCCUUCUCCAGCUUCAGUUACAAGCAGUUCUGACCGCAAUUCCCAGCUAGCUCCCACAGAGAGCCUUGCUUCUAGUCAGGAUGACAUCAAAAUGAAGAUCGAGAAAGAAGAAGAAGAAGAGGAGGAAGAGGAUGUAGGUGGCGACGCUGAGGGAAACCGUAAGGGGAAGAUGUGCAAGACUCAGUCUGAGGUGAAGCAUGAAGACAAACUAAAGACUGAGGAUGAGAAGCCACCAAGAGAUGCGUGUAAACCUGAGCCCAUGGACACAACGGCGUCAUCUUCUGGGUCAUUGUCAGCAGCGGCAAGUGAAGACAAGAAGCCAGAGGUGAAGAAGGAGCCCAAAGAGGAAGAGGAGGGAUCAGGGUCAUCAGCCACCAACAGCUCCUCAGCCAGCAGCCAGAGCAAGAAGAAAAUUUUUAAGCCAGAGGAGCUGCGUCAGGCUUUGAUGCCGACCUUGGAGGCUUUAUACCGCCAGGACCCUGAGUCCCUUCCCUUCCGCCAGCCGGUGGACCCCCCGUUACUGGGAAUACCCGACUACUUCGACAUCGUCAAGAACCCCAUGGAUCUGUCGACCAUUAAGCGGAAGUUGGACACAGGGCAGUACGAGGAGCCAUGGCAGUACAUCGAAGACGUCUGGCUGAUGUUCAACAACGCCUGGCUGUACAAUCGAAAGACGUCUCGAGUCUACAAGUACUGCUCCAAACUGGCCGAGGUGUUUGAGUCGGAGAUCGAUCCUGUUAUGCAGGGCUUGGGCUACUGCUGUGGGAGGAAGUACGAGUUUUCUCCCCAAACCCUUUGCUGCUAUGGAAAACAAUUAUGCACCAUCCAACGCGAUGCUUCAUAUUUUAGUUACCAGAACAGUUCACCAAAAUAUGGGCUUCUUGCUGACAGGUACCACUUCUGUGAGAAGUGUUUCAACGAAAUCCAAGGCGACAGUGUAUCCCUGGGGGACGACCCCUCCCAGCCUCAGACGUCUAUCAAUAAAGACCAGUUCCAGAAAAAGAAGAACGACACCCUUGACCCUGAGCUACUCGUGGAAUGUAUCGACUGCGGUCGUAAAAUGCACCAGAUCUGCGUCCUGCAUAAUGACACCAUAUGGCCAUCAGGCUUUGUUUGUGACAACUGUCUGAAAACAGCCAACAAGACACGAAAAGAGAACAAAUAUGCAGCCAAAAGACUUCCUCAGACAAAGCUGGGGAACUAUCUGGAGACGCGAGUGAACGACUACCUCAAACGGCAGAGCCACCCCGAGUCAGGAGAGGUUACAGUCCGUGUGGUCCACGUCUCGGACAAAGUGGUUGAGGUCAAGCCGGGCAUGAAGUCCAGGUUUGUAGACAAUGGAGAGAUGGCCGAAUCUUUCCCGUACCGGAUGAAAGCCCUGUUCGCAUUUGAGGACAUCGACGGAGCUGAUGUGUGUUUCUUCGGCAUGCAUGUUCAAGAGUACGGCUCUGACUGUCCACCGCCGAAUCAAAGACGGGUGUACAUUUCCUACUUGGACAGCGUACACUUCUUUAGACCUCGACACCUGAGGACGGCCGUCUACCAUGAGAUCCUGUUGGGCUACUUGGAAUACGUCAGAAGAAUGGGGUAUACGACGGGACACAUCUGGGCUUGCCCCCCCAGUGAGGGGGAUGAUUACAUCUUCCACUGUCACCCACUGGACCAGAAGAUCCCAAAGCCCAAACGUCUGCAGGAGUGGUACAAGAAGAUGCUGGACAAGGCCGUUUCUGAAAGAAUUGUCCACGAUUACAAGGACAUCUUCAAGCAGGCAACAGAAGACCGCCUGACGAGUGCGAAGGAGCUGCCGUACUUUGAGGGCGACUUUUGGCCCAAUGUACUGGAGGAGAGCAUCAAGGAGCUGGAGCAGGAGGAAGAGGAGAGGAAGAGGGAGGAGAACAGCACCUCGAAUGAAAGCACAGAUGCCACUAAAGGAGACAGCAAGAAUGCCAAAAAGAAGAACAAUAAAAAGGCGAACAAGAACAAGAGCAGCUUGAGCCGAGCCAAUAAGAAGAAACCAGGGAUGCCUAGUGUUUCCAAUGACCUCUCUCAGAAACUCUACGCCACCAUGGAGAAACACAAAGAGGUUUUCUUUGUCAUCCGCCUAAUUGCUGGCCCCACCGCCAACUCGCUACCCCCCAUCACGGACCCCGAUCCUCUGAUGGCCUGUGACCUGAUGGACGGCCGCGACGCCUUCCUGACCCUGGCCCGUGACAAGCACUUGGAGUUCAGUUCUCUGAGGAGGUCUAAGUGGAGCUCCAUGUGCAUGUUGGUGGAGCUCCACAAUCAGAGCCAGGACCGCUUCGUUUACACCUGCAACGAAUGUAAACAUCAUGUGGAGACCAGGUUCCACUGCACUGUGUGUGAGGAUUAUGACUUGUGCAUCACCUGCUACAACACUAAAGGCCAUGAGCACAAGAUGGAUAAACUGGGGCUUGGCCUGGACGAUGAUAGCAACAACCAGUCUGCAGCGGCCACUCAGAGUCCUGGUGACUCUCGCCGCCUUAGCAUCCAGCGUUGCAUCCAGUCGUUGGUCCACGCCUGCCAGUGUCGCAAUGCCAACUGCUCCCUCCCGUCAUGUCAGAAGAUGAAGCGGGUCGUUCAGCACACAAAGGGCUGCAAGCGGAAGACCAAUGGUGGCUGUCCCAUCUGCAAGCAGCUCAUCGCCCUGUGCUGCUACCACGCCAAGCACUGCCAGGAGAACAAAUGUCCCGUCCCGUUCUGUCUGAACAUCAAGCAGAAGCUCCGGCAGCAGCAGCUGCAGCACAGGCUCCAGCAGGCUCAGAUGUUGAGGAGGAGGAUGGCCACCAUGCAGAGGGUCGGUCAGCCUGCGGGGGGGCCUCCUGGAGGAGCGAUGGUAGGGCUUCCAUCACCAGGAAACAACAGUGCCACGGCGCCCAGUACACCGACGUCAGUAGGUACCCAACCUCCAACCCCCCACACCCCAACUCAGAAUAUGCCUUCAGCGCCAGCGCAGGGAGGGGGUCCUGGAAAUGGAGCGCAACAGCAGCAAGGAGGGAUCCCCCCUCAGCAUCCACUAAGCCAGUUCCAGCAGAUGAGCAGCGGAGCCGCUGGGGCGGGGGGACUUAUGAACUCUCCCCAGCACCAGCAGCAGAUGCUUCCUCAGAUCCAGCAGCAGCAAGGUGGCCCAGGGACCAACCCUCACCCAAAUUAUGCUGGCAGACCCCCUGGCUCCUCCCCGAUCCACCAAUCCCAGGGUAAACCACUUAUCGGGUCAUCAACACCACCCCAGCAGAGCGGUGGGGCAGGAAUGCCUGGAAACUUAGGCGGCCAGCAACCUCCCGGUCAGCCCACAGGCCAGCAUCCACUGCAGCAGCAGCCCCCCCAAUCGGGGCCCCCACAAGCUGCUGUGGAAAUAGCUCUGAAGAUCCAGCAGGUAGCUGACGCCCAAAGGAAGAUGGCUCUGCAGAGACAAGCAGCUACUGGCUUGAUGCCGUCCAACCCUCAUCACCAACCGGGUCAACCUCAGCAGAUGCCCAUGGGACACAGUGGGCCCGUAGGGAUGGUAGGACCGCAAGGAAUCCCGCCUCAAAACCAGACCGCUCCAAGGGCCCACAUGGAUCAGCAGCAAGGUGCUCUGCAGGGGAUGAUGCCCGGCGGUGGGCACAUGCAGCAGCAGCCCCCUCAGCAGGCUAACCUACCCUUACAGGUGCAGCUGCAGCAGAGGAUGGGUGCUCCCAUCCAGAACCCUCAGCAGCAACAGCAGUGGACUGGACCAGGGAUACCGCCACAACAAAGGCAGGCUCUGAUGAACCAGAUGAGCCAUCAGGCCAUGAUGGCUCAGCAGCAGCAACAGCAGCAGCAACAACAACAGCAGCAGGCUUCACACCAACCGGGUCAGGGGCAUCCCAACAUGAUGAACAUAGUUCAGCAGCAGCAAGGCGGAAACAUGCCCCAAACGGCUCUACAGGAGCUGCUUCGCACCCUGCGUUCACCAAGCUCAGAUCUCCAGAAACAGCAGGUUCUAAACAUCCUGCGGUCCAAUCCACAGCUAAUGGCUGCUUUCAUCAAGCAGAGAGCCUCCAAAUACAAGGGGGGCCCGGGUGGACCAGAUGCCGGUCCAGGAGGAGCAGGACCGGGACCUGCAGGGGGUCCGGUUGGAAAUGUCAUUGCAGGAGUUAAUCCACAAGUGAACAUGAAUGCUUCAGGGGUCGGGCAGCCGGGGAUGCACAUGGGAGGGCAGGGAGGAUCCAACAUCAACAUGGCUUCCAUGGCUCAGCUACAGCAGGUCCAGCAGCUGCAGCAGCAGCAGAGGCCAAUGCUCAGUGGUUUACCGCAGCAGCAGCAGCAAGGAGUAGGACGAGGUAUGCAAGGCCAGGGGCCGGCGGCGGGAAAUCUGAACAGCCUCCAAGUUCGAGAGCUGAUUAUGAGGCGACAGUUGCAGCAACAACAGUUGCAGCAACAGCAGCAGCAACAACAGCUGCAGCAACAGCAGCAGCAACAACAGCUGCAGCAACAGCAGCAACAACAGCAGCAGAUGGGAAUGAAUCAUGGUCAGUUCCAGCAGCCGCAGCCUCCUCAGGGGCAGGGAUUCAUGGGGCAGCCUGUGGUGGGGCAGGGUCCUCCUGGAGGCCCCCCAGCUCAGCAGGCGCAGGGCUACCCAAGCUCCGUCCAACAGCAGAGGCUGCAGCACCAGCUUCAGAUGCAGCAGCAGCAAAACAACAUGGCUGCCCUUCAGAACGCUGAUGGAGUGCCAGGCGGAGGCGGUGGAGGUGUUCCUCAGCAGCAAGUUCAAGGCCCACAGCCCACCCAAGGAGGUCCCACUCCUCCAUCUAACCAGCCCCUGUUCCAUCAAGCUCUGCAGCAAAGGUUGCUCCAUCAGCAGCAACACCGCGGUCCAGGUGGGUCACCGGCCCAACACAGCAACCCAAUGAGCCCUCAGCAGGCUCAGCAGAUGGCCCAGUCCCCACACCCCCAUUUGCAGGGCCAAGCCCUGCCAACGUCGCUUGCCAACCAGGUGCGUUCACCGCAGCCCUCGCCCAGACCUCAGUCCCAGCCUCCUCACUCCAGCCCGUCUCCACGCAUGCAGCCGCAGCCGUCGCCACAUCACAUCUCCCCGCAGGUGCAGACGGGCUCCCCGCACCCAGGCCACCUAAACCAGCACCAUCCAGGAAUGGUGGUCCAGCAACAGCAGCAGACAAACCAGCAGCAGCAGCAAAGCGUUAUGGAGCAGUACGGUUCUGAGCAGAACGCCAUGCUCUCUCAGCUGAGCGGCAUGGCUGGGCUGCACGGGCCAGGAAGCAGCGGCCCGGACUCAAUGGGCCAGAACAUGAACCAUAACUCCUUAGACCACAUGUAGGAGCUGAGGGAAGGCUCAGUGGAUUUCUGCACAAACUGCACUCACCGCGGACAGUGUUAUUGUUUAUUCUUCAGCCUUUUUUUACUAUUAAAAACUUAUUUAAAAUGUUUUCAAUAAAGAUGCAUUGAACUGAACUUCCUAUGGGAGAUGAACAAUAAAUGGAGCAGUUGUUAAAUGAAUUAGAAUGAAUUGUAACUUAUUGCUGUUAAUAUAUAUUUUUGCCAACUGAGGACAGGGGGGGGGGCUUCCCAGGUAAACAACAGUACUUGCCUUUUUUAAAGAUAUGUUUUUACAAUUUUAAAAGGGGGUUGGGGGUUAAAGAAGUGGUUUACUGCAGUUGUUUUUGUUUGUAUUGCAUCAUUCAAACAUUUUUCAGAGUGAUGUGAGUUAUUGGUGUAAAUUCAAACAAUGCGCAUAUUUUUUUUAUUUUUUUGUAUCAUUUGGGCUUGGUUUAUUUAUUCAGCUUCAUCAGGGGGGUUGAUUAUGGACUCACUGCGACCACUUUGGUUUCCUGUAGAAGUCUAUAUUUGUUAGUUUAUAUAUUGCUUUAGUCGUCCUCAGUCGGGGGGUGUCCAGAUGGGAACGACGUCAGUGUUUUGUCGCGACGGGCGAGGGUCUGCUCAGUCCGUCAGUCAGGCUGGAAGGGACUGUUCCCCCUCGCAAAAGUGCAAGCCCUCUCCCUCGAAUGUGUGCCCACUCCUUCCUUUUUAAGACUUCAUAUGGAGCUGCGGAGGCUUGGGGAGGGGGGUAUGCAUACCUUUGUGCCUGUAACGUUUCACAUGUGGGCUGAGGGUGUAUAAAAAAAGGGGAAGGGUGGCUUUUUUUGUUUUUAGGAUUCUGCUGUUGAGUAAACAGAGGAUGAUCCAAAUGAACUGUGUUGCACAGAAAUGAGGCGAAAGACGGCCACACGAGCGGUUAGUCUCUUUCUUCCUCGUCCCUUUUGCUGCUUCCUUUGGACUUUUUAUCCUCCUCUGUGGGAGGUCAAGCUCCCUCCUUAGAAACUGUAUCCUCUUUAUCUUUCUGCUCAGAACGUUGGGAGUUAAUUUAAUAUUUUUUACUGUACAAAUGAAACAAACUGUGGACUCAAAUACUGUUUUUUUUUUUUUUUUUUUUU